CACACAGCCGCAGUUAGACAGACGGUCUCUGUCUGCGCAGAAACGGAAGCAAGGAAAACAUACUCUCCUCACGCCGCUCACAAACCAACAACUGUCGUGGAAGUGGAGUCGACGCGAUGGUAAACACCAAAGGCUACCGUUUAGUCUAAGACAGCUAACAGUAAGGAAGAGGCUGCUCAAAGUGGCUGAACUGUGACAGCAGCUGGACAAAUUAACCGAAGGAUUUGAGGACCGCACGUGGAAAUCACCACUGAAACACGUCGGAGGAUUGGAUCUCGUCCUCUCCACUUAAACUGUUCGCCAGCGCUUCACUCCUGCCAACUUCAGAGAUGAGUGCCAAGUCAGCCAUCAACAAGGAGGUCUUCAUACCCCAUGAUGAGAAGAUGCUUGCUGCAGUGCCGGUGAAGCGGAGGGCCAAGAAGAAGAUCCCCUUCCUGGCCACUGGUGGUCAAGGAGACUACAUGACUUUCAUCUGUGUCUCAGUGACGAAUAAGAAACAAUCCCAUGUAUCCAUCCCCAAGGUGAAGCAGUUCCAAGGAUCUUCUGCCUUCAUGAAAAGGUCACAGUGGACACUCGACCAGCUACGGCAGGUCAACGGCAUUGACCUGAACAAAGACUGUCCAGAGUUUGAUCUGAUGUUCGAAAACGCUUUUGACCAGUGGGUUGCUAGUUCAGCAGGGGAGAAGUGCACCUUCAUCCAGAUUCUUCACCACACCUGCCAGCGCUACAGCUCAGCACGGAAACCAGAUUUCGUGAACUGUCAGUCUAAAUUGCUGGGAGGUAACAGUAUACUACACUCGGCUGCAGACAGUGUGACGAGUGCUGUACAGAAGGCCAGCCAGGCUCUGAAUGAGCGCGGUGAGCGAUUAGGUCGGGCUGAGGAGAGGACUGCGGACAUGAUGAACAGUGCUGAACAGUUCUCUGUUACAGCACAGAAGCUUGCCAUGAAGCACAAGUGUUAGACCACUGCCAAAACCAACUGGGCUGGGGGUGGUUCACCAAUCACCAGUCGCUGUACAGGAGAAGGAUUCCACAUUUUAUUCUUUUUAAAAGAUUUAAUAUGAUUACUAUUUGUUAACAAUGUUAACAUGUUCAUUCAAUGUUUUGGGUUGUUGUAUUCUGGUGCAUCUUCUGAUGGCGCAGCAUUGAGCAGGGGGAUGAGAGGUACAUCUGAACAACGCUACUUCAGACUGUCAGCAGAGUGUUUCAUGCUUCUGUUUGCCAAUUAAAAGUCAAAGGCCAUGACUGUAUUUGAUAACCACUGCCCCUCAAAACACUUUCCCUUUUCAUAUGCGCAGACACUAAUGUGAGAGCACACAUGCUGACAAGUCAUUAUCAGCAAUCACUCCAAGACAAGGAACAGCUUGUCUCACGGUUAUUAAUUGUGGAGAGUUAUUUAUGAGCACUGCAGUGAUUAUGCAGUCAGAUUUAUGAGUUACGGACCCUCUCAUGGGU